CAGAGUAGUGUACAAGGGGUCAGCAGGGCAAACAACAGGGGCAGUGUACAGGAAACAGAGCUGAAGACAGGGGUCACUGCUGGCAGGGCAGAGGACAGGGGUCGCUGCUGGCAGGGCAGAGGACAGGGGUCGCUGCUGGCAGGGCAGAGGAUAGGAGUCGCUGCUGGCAGGGCAGAGGAUAGGGGUCGCUGCUGGCAGGGCAGAGGAUAGGGGUCGCUGCUGGCAGGGCAGAGGACCGGGGUCGCUGCUGGCAGGGCAGAGGACAGGGGUCGCUGCUGGCAGGGCAGAGGACAGGGGUUGCUGCUGGCAGAGAAGAGGACUGGGGUCGCUGCUGGCAGAGCAGAGGACUGGGGUCGCUGCUGG